AGGUGGUGGUCUUGUCGCACUUGUAAUGAUUAUUAUUACGGAAAUAGUUCCGAUCAAAGACCGUGGGAAAUAUCAAGGAAUGAUUGCUGGCUGUUUUGGUAUUGCGUCUGUUGUGGGUCCAUUAAUGGGUGGUGCUUUUACGGAUCAUGUCUCGUGGAGGUGGGCAUUCCUUAUAAAUCUCCCCGUAGGUGCUCUCGCUUUUAUCUCUGUU